GGCUGCAGCCGCGCCGACGGCCCCGCGCCCAUGACGAUGCUGCUGGACGGAGGGCCGCAGUUCCCGGCGCUGGGGGUGGGCGGCUUUGCGGCGCCCCGCCACCACGAGAUGCCGGGUCGCGACGCCGCCGCCGGCGGCAUGGGGCUGGGCCCCUUCGGGGACUCUUCGCACGCCGCCGCCUUCAAGCUGAACGCGGCCCCGCACGACCUUGCCGCCGGGCAGAGCUCGGCGUUCACGCCGCAGGCGCCGGGCUACGCCAGCGCCCUGGGCCACCACCACCAUCACCACCACCACGCCGGCCAGGUGCCCUCCUACGGCGGGGCCGCCGCCUUCAACUCCACCCGCGACUUUCUGUUCCGCAACCGCGGCUCCGGCAUCGCGGACGCCGCCUCCGGCACAGCGCAGCACGGGCUCUUCGGCGGCUCCCCCGGCGGCUUGCACGGCCCCGGCGGCAUCCCGGACACCCCGGGCUACCUGCUCUUCCCGGGGCUGCACGAGCAGAGCCCGAGCCACACGUCCCCCAACGGGCAUGUGGACAACGGGCAGAUGCACCUGGGGCUGCGCGGGGACCUCUUCGGGCGGCCGGAUCCCUACCGGGCCGUCUCCAGCCCGCGCACGGACCCUUACGCCGGCGCCCAAUUCCACAACUACAACCACAUGAAUAUGAAUAUGGGCAUGAACGUGGCGGCCCACCACCAUCACCACCACCACCACGGCCCCGGCGCUUUCUUUCGGUACAUGCGCCAGCCCAUCAAGCAAGAAUUGUCCUGCAAGUGGCUCGACGAGAGCCAGCUCAGCCGGCCCAAGAAGAGCUGCGACAGGACUUUCAGCACCAUGCACGAGCUGGUGACCCAUGUCACCAUGGAGCACGUCGGGGGGCCGGAGCAGAACAACCACAUCUGCUACUGGGACGAAUGUCCGCGGGAAGGCAAGUCCUUCAAGGCGAAAUACAAACUGGUGAACCACAUUCGGGUGCACACGGGGGAAAAGCCCUUCCCGUGCCCCUUCCCGGGCUGCGGCAAGAUCUUUGCCCGCUCCGAGAACCUCAAGAUUCACAAGCGGACGCACACAGGUGAGAAGCCUUUCAAGUGCGAGUUUGAGGGCUGCGACAGGCGCUUCGCCAACAGCAGUGACAGGAAGAAACACAUGCACGUCCACACCUCGGACAAGCCCUACAUCUGCAAGGUGUGCGACAAAUCCUACACCCACCCCAGCUCACUUAGGAAACACAUGAAGGUGCACGAAUCCCAGGGCUCGGACUCUUCCCCUGCAGCCAGCUCGGGGUACGAGUCCUCCACCCCCCCUGCGGUGGGCUCCGCCGGCAGUAAGGACUCCACUAAAACGCCGCCGGCCGCCCUGCAGAGUAACCCCGGCCAUAACCCUGGACUGCCCCCCAAUUUUAAUGAGUGGUAUGUGUGAAGGCAGCUGCUGCCCGGCCACAGACUGGACCAAAUGCAUAGGGAACGAGGCAAAAAAGAGGACAAGCCAAGCCAACUGCAGCUCGCUCCCACGGAAAUGGAGUUUCCACACCGACGACCGCAUAGGGCUACACCUACUUAACUGCCAGGAUGCGGAGGGGGGGUCUUUUAUUAUUAUAUUAUAAUUAUUACUAUUUUUUUGCAAGCCCAGACUCUGGACUAGCCAUGUCCUUUUCUCAGGAUUAGAUUUCUUUUUUUUGCUUGUCAUUUUUUUUCAGUCUCAGUCGUUUCUUUGAUUUUCACCACCGCCCCCCCCCCCUUGCCUGAGUCUCUCUUCCUCCAAUUCCCCACUUAUUUUAUUUUUCUUAAUUUGUUUUUUUUUUUUUUUUUUUUCCCUUUCUUUCUUUCUUUCGGUGGGAUGUUGACAUGAGGAUGAAAAUUCUCCUUCGCCUUAGUGGUGAUUGUUUAAACUUACAGUCUUAAACCGUGCCAAAGUCCUGUUAUGUCUUGAACUUUCCUUUCUAGCUCUCCUGCUGCUUCUUUCUCUGCUCUUCUCUUUCUCCUUCUCUCUCCAAGCAUUACACUUGUGAAUGUAUUCUCGUCUGAUGGGGUCGGUCAGUAUUUUUCAGGAUGAGGAUGUGGUGUUUAUUCUGCCCAGAUUGUGACGUUUAGUAUAACAGUUGCCUUUUUGUAAUAACUUUUUUUGUAAAUACAUACCCAUGAUGCCAUAUUUAUCGUUCGUAAUUUAAUUAUUGAUACAAAGUGCCGGGAACUGAACAAUAUUUAUGGGGGAGAAAAAAUUGUUUUCUAACAAAAAAAAUACAAACAAACAAAAAAAAAAUCAACUCUGUACAGCUUUUGGUUAUAACUGCUUUAGCAUUAAAAGUUUAUUGUUUUGGAAA